AUGACCAGCGAUACGUUGAUCAUAGACGCAGAUGGAGACCUAGUUCUCUCAUUCGAUCCAGAAGAAUGUUCAUCGACUCAGACAGAUGAUAUCUGGAUCGACGCCGAUUCGUCAGAAGAUCAUUCUCAGAUUAUAGAUGCCGAGCCAUCAAAUGCAGUGUCCAGGAUUUUGAUUAAGGCAACCGAUGUCUCGCCGACCGACAUAUCAAUUGAAGAACGAUCCGAAUCAAACGAUAAUUCGUGGGUCGAGCUGAAGCAAGUCCGCAUGCUAGUCUCAUCCAAGCAUAUGUCCGUUGCUUCGCCAGUAUUCAAAGCUAUGCUCCAGGCAAGCUCUCAAGAGGGUAUCGAACUGAAGAAAACCGGCAAGGUGGAAUUGUCGCUUCGUGAUGAGGAUUCAAAGGCAUGGAAUAUUUUACUCAACAUCAUACAUGGACGUUUCAGAUCUGUUCCUUUGGAUAUCAAUUUGCCCAUGUUCACCCAGAUUGCGCUCUUAUGCGACAAGUACCAAAUGUAUGAGGUUGCUUAUGCGUUCACACCAACUUGGAAAAUGUCGGCUGGCCACGACUCUGUGUCGGGAGAAGAUAUACCUCGCUGGAUCUUUAUAGCCUGGACUUUCAAUAUGACAGAUGUACUCGAAGAGAUCACGAAAGGCCUUGCUCUCAAUUAUACUGGAAAUGGAAUCGAAAAGUUGUUCAGCAUGACUACUCUACCGAUUCCCCAAAUUGUUAUGGAUGAGCUUGAAAAUUCUCGCCAGCAUGCGAUUGCUGAAUUGGUUGAUAUGUUUGAUUACGCCAUACAGCGAUAUCAAGAAGAUAGUUCCAAGUGUACAAUUCGCACCAGAUGCGGUGAAGAUAGAGUGUCUUACCGUAAGCAAUGUGAUUCAAUGAUACUAGGCAUGUUAUUGAAAGGUGCCAUUGAGCAACAGAUCUACCCACUUCCGACAAAACCAUACAAAGAGUGGUCUUUUUCUAUCUUGGAAAAGAAGAUCAAGUGUAUUAAACCAACUUCAUUGUGCGCUGCUGUGUCAUUGAUACCAGAUGUCCAUUGCGAUCAAGACCAUGGAAUCUCUAUGAUUAUGACAUCAUGGAUUAAACAUACUGCACACGAAGUCACUGGGCUUCAAUUGGCAUCUUUGAAGAAGGAUGCAUCACCGGAGAUUCAGUGGCCAAUUCGAUGA